CGUACACCUGGUGAGAGCCAAGGCCCCCAGAGGAUCUUUAUGCUUUCUCACUUACAUCGCCGAAAGGUGAUCGAUCCCUCAGUAGAAUUGGAUAUGAUGUCCAGCACUCGCAAGAUCCUCGUAUUCCAUGGAUACCUCCAGAAUGCAGAACUAACAAAGGAGUGGUUCGCGCCAAUCCAAGAAGCGAUAAGACCAGACAAUAUCGAACUAGUAUUCGUGGACGGAACGCAGACCUUGGGAGAAGCCGACAUCCCGAAGGGCCUCGAGCCCCCUCCGGAGCUGCCGCUCGCCCUGCCUCCGCACGUACCAAAGGCGUGGUGGAAGCAUGACCAGAACGCUGCGAGGAGUGGAACAUACGGUCUAGAAGACAGCUUGCUGAAGCUGAGAGAUAUUUUGAAGAAUGACCGGUUUGAGGGCGUGGUUGGGUUCAGUCAAGGUUCUGCGUUUGCCGUCCUACUUGCCGCCCUGCUGGAGCGGCCGGAGACUUUCCCACCCUUCGUCGCUGAAGGACAGACGCCCCACCCACCCUUCGCCUUCUGCGUAGCAUUUUCCGGCUCCGUGCCCGACUCUCCUCUAGCUAACGCCAUCCUGUCCUCGACGUACCACACGCCGACACUGCAUAUUCAAGGCACAACGGAUAACAUCACGCCGGAAGAGGCGAAUCAGCCCCUCAGAGAGAUCUCAGCGAAUAAGAAGGCCUUGCAUCACCCUGGCGGGCAUAUCUUGCCGGUAGCGCCCGCUUGGCUCGAGUUAUAUCGCCAGUACUUCCUCGACCCGACCGCGGACCUGAAAGUCCCCGAAGGUGCGGAGGCUGUCUGAACAUCCGGAUUUCGUGGCGUGGCAACGGCAGUGGGUUGGAUGUUUCCACUUUAGCGCAGCCCGUUCAACGCAGUAAGAGUAUCAGCCAUUUGUAACAAUAUCAGUGGUGAAACGUUAUGUUGGACACGGUGAUACUACCAUGCCCCUCCGACAGCCAUCCAGUCCCGCAGAACGACAGUCCUCUCCGUUCCGAUCUGCCUGGUCAUCUCGUUCUGCCUAUCUAUGGGAAGGCUCUCAAAGUGCAUCAGCAGGUUAUAGUCCAGUAUCCCCUUCGUGAGGGGUUUUGAGAAGUAAUCGUUGCGGACAAUCCGGAAGGCUCUGGGAUUCAGCGCAGCAACGUGCUGGACGUUACGCGUGAGUUGUCCCUGUAGGAGCUGCAGCCGCUUGGCCGCAGACUCCUCAACGGGCACGAGUGCCGUGAGUGAUCCGUCAAUUGACCCAUAGAUAAGCUUCGACUGAGGAAUCACAGGAUCGUCCUUCGUCCGUCUUGCUAUGACCAAAGAAGUGGAUGUUUGGACUUGAC